CCUUCUAGAGCGCGCACGCCUGCUUUGCUUUGCUUGUGCUUUCGUCUCCAUUUCUUACCUCCAACUCUCCCAUUAUUUCCUCUCCUCAUUUCACUUUGCUUUACUUUGCUUUGGUCCUCAUCACUCUUCCUCCCUCCCCAUUUCUAAACUAGAAUAGGGGGGGGGGGGGGGGGAGAGAGAGAGAGAGAGGAAGAAAAACUCUACGAUCCAGUACUCUCUGUUCUCUCUCCUACUUCUUCAAACUCCUCGUUCUUUUACCCACAAUCCUCACUUUUGAUCCGUUACUAAAGGACUCAUCAAGCUUCAAUCUUUCUGCGUCGGUCUCUUUGAACCCCUCUUUUCCCCAUCUGGGUCUUCCUCUCUUGCCUCGAAAACCUUCAAUUUCUUGGAGCUUUAGAUUUGGUUUCAGCCUCAGGGUCCAAGCUUUUCUCCUGCUUUGUCUCUGGCUAUUUUGACUUUGGCUUCAAGUCUCAAUCUUUUCUCGUUUAUUAAUCUUACGGAGCACCCCUCAUUCAUCUGGUUCAUUUUCUCUCCCUCCAAGUCUCCCCUUUUCCUUCCCAAAUUUAGUUAUUAAAAGCUUAAGUUUUCAUUCCAACAUGAAUCUAUUUGUCUCUUGGGUUUAUGCUUUCAGCUCCAAUCUCUGAAAAAAUUCAACCUUUUCCUCUCAGUCCAACAAGAAAUCAUCCAAAAUUGAACUUUCCUCCCAAACUAGUUUUACUUCGAGAGUUUAUAGAUAGAUCUAAUUAAUGAUGGGUAGUUCUUUCAGCAAGAAGCCCAAUUCUCUAUCACAAGGCGGCGGCAGCAGCAGCAGCAAUAGCAGAAGCAACCACAAUUCAACCGAUUCAGACAUCAACGGUAGCAGCAAUGGAAGCAGCAGCAACCAAUACAUCAGAGGGCUGAGCUCCUAUCAGUCAGAUCCCCACCAAGAUCCCGAACUCGAAUCCUUCGACUCAGCCCUUCAGCAUCGAACCAUUGGAGCAAUCUCGAUGCUCGCCGGCUCAGAGAUCAACUCAAUAUCCUUCAACACCCUCAUGGAAGUCACUGGCUGCCUCCUUGACAACAAUCAAGAAGUAAUCAACAUGAUCCUAGAAUAUAAGAAGGAUGUAUGGAAGAAUCCCGAGCUCUUCGAUGUCGUCCAAGAGUUCUUCGACUGCAGCCUUCGAAUCCUCGAGUUCUGCACUGCAUUGGAGAAAUGCCUCAAGAGAGCCCGGGACUCGCAACUAAUCAUCCACAUUGCUCUCAAACAUUCAGAGGAAGAACAAGGAGAGGGGAAGGAUAAGUAUAAGAGAACACUGGAGGAGUUGCAGAGAUUUAAGAAUAUAGGGAAUCCAUUCACUGCUGAAUUCUUUCAGGCCUUUCGAUUAGUUUACAGUCAGCAGGUUUCUAUGUUUGAGAAGCUGAAGAAGAACAAGAAGAAGCUCGACAAGAAGAUGAAAUCAGUGAAAGCAUGGAGAAGAGUCUCGAGCAUAAUCUUUGUAUCAGUAUUUGCUGCUGUUCUAAUCUGCUCAGUGGUUUCUGCUGUUAUGGCUGCUCCUGCUGUUGCUGCUGCUUUAGCUGCAGCAGCAGCGGUCCCUUUAGGAUCGGUGGGGAAAUGGGUCGAUUCUCUUUGGAAAGAUUACUCCAAAGUUUUGAAAGGGCAGAAGGAUGUCCUCAAUAUAAUGCAGGGUGGGACUUUUGUUGCAAUAAGUGAUUUGGAUAGCAUUAGAGCUAUUGUGGAGAGACUUGAAAUUCAUAUUGGUUCUUUGAUGCAAAAUGUUGAUAUUGUGCUUGGAGAUGAGGAGGCGGUGAAGUUUGGGAUCGAGGAAAUUAAGAAGAAGAUGGAGGAGUUUAUAAGGGGUGUUGAGAGUUUGGAGAAACAGGUGGAUCGUUGUAGUAGAGAUAUACAAAGGGUGAGGACCGUUGUGUUACAGAGGAUUAUAAGGCACCCAGAAUGAAAUAGGAGGACAUCUGGAUGUUUACAUGUUACAUUUGAUCUUCUUGAACCUAAAAUUUCAAGAUAAAUACUAAAUCAAAAGUAGCGGCUCCAUUAUGCAAAUAAAAAUGUGGGAUAUGGGGUCCCCGGAUAGUUUGUAAAGACUAGCUGCAAAAAUGAAGAGCUUAAAGAACAAACUGAUGACCAAUGAUCUUUCAACUAAAUAAUACUCGGGUGAAGUAUCAAGUAUCCAUCUUCAGCUUGCUGCCAAAGUUGCAUUUCAAUGCCAUUAUAUUAUCCAAAAUGCAGAUGUAUUUCAUGGUUUGAAUCAUUUUAUAUGCAGUUUAUUUCUCUUCUUUUUCAUCGUCAAUUGUGAUAACUUAUAUUAUGUACAUCUUUGGCUUUUGUUGCUACUAAUGCACCCAUGAUUCAGUAGAUAAAUUGUCGAGUAAAGAGAUUAUUUUUGGGGAAA